UCCAGUCCUUGUCCAACUAAAAUUGAAAAUGUUGAUUGAAAUAAAUCAAAUAUGACAGAUGGAGGAAAUAAUGUUUAUGAAAAUGAAUUAAAAGACAAUAAUUGGGAUGGUUUUCACAACUGGCUAUAUUGUGUGUGUGUAGUUACAUUUGAUUUGGAACUGGGACAAGCAUUAGAAAGUGUUUUUCCACGACAUGUUUCACUUUCUAAACAAGAAACUUCAAAUAUUUGUUAUCUAGCUUUCCCAGAUUCCAAUUCGGGAUGUAUGGGCGAUACAACUUUUAUUAUAAGACUGCAAAAUACCCAAGGGGAGAAAAAUCUCAAAGAGGAACAUAACAAUUACAAUUCUAAAUGUCCUACAUCCCUUCAAAUAGAUGGUUCAUAUUACUGGGGCUAUGUUUAUUUUAGACAAGUUAAAGAUGUUACACUACCUAGAGGCUAUUUCCAAAAGAGUGUCGUAAUACUGUCACUUCUUCCGUUCAACAACCUAUUUAGUAAAAUAUGUAGUUACAUAGCUCCGGAAUAUUUUGAAAAUGGAGAGGUCAGUUUAGAAGCUGUAUGUUAUAAUAUAGAGCAAUGGCCUCCUCCAGUGCCAGGGACUACAUUGAACUUGCCAUUAUUAGGAUCAGUUUUUCAAACGUACAUCCCAUUAUCAAGUAAUCACACAUCCAAUUCAACGUUGGCAUUAUUAAGCGAACCAGGUGAUAAUAAUCAGAUCCCAACUCACGUCGAAGACCUCAACAUGUUCGAUAUACUCCAACCUGUUUUGUCUCAUAUUCAUUUGUUAUGGGAAUUAGUAAUUGUUUCAGAGCCAAUAGUUAUUAUGGCUUCUUCUCCCACUUAUUGUUCCUCUAUGGUGUUAGCCUUGACAAGGUUAAUAUUGCCAUUAAAAUAUUGUGGGGAUUACAGACCGUACUUUACCAUUCACGACAGCGAGUUCAAGCAAUUUACAAGUAAAGUACACGGUCCUCCUCCUGUCAUAUUAGGAGUAACUAAUCCAUUUUUUGCCAAAACACUUCACCAUUGGCCUCACACCAUAAGAUUAAGCGACGACUUAGGGCAAGCUCAAAAAUAUAAACUGAAAAAAACGGCCCCUACAAAGAUGAUUGAUAAUAGCCCUGGGGUGUUUACUGCUUAUAAACCGUUCUUACAAAAAGAUAAAAAUAUAAUAAAAAAGUUGCUGACGGGAGUUAAUUCAAAAAGACCUUUUGAAGUUCAGUCAGCUCUUCUUAGAAGGCAUUUGUUAGAACUUACUCAAAGCUUUAUGAUUCCAUUAGAGAGGUACAUAGCUAGUUUAAUGCCACUCCAAAAGAGUAUAUCUCCAUUUAAAGCAGCUCCGACACCCCUGCCGUUUAACCCAGAUCAAUUUUUUGCCACAUUGGACGUUGCCGGACCGCAACUAACAUUAAAUAAUACAGGCAUAAAAGGAGACUGGGUUGGGUUGUACAGAAAAUUUUUUAGAUCUCCUAAUUUUAAAGCAUGGUUCAAUACGAGAUACACAGAAUUAACUUUGAAACUUCAAGCGUUGCAAUUGGAAGCUCUCUCAAAUGCUGAUUUGAAGGAUUGGGUUCAGGGUCGUCCAGAAGUUGAGGUAGUCGAUAUGGUUUUAAAAAUAAAGAACAAAAUUACAAAAUGUAAUGAACACGAUAUACCAGUUAACGAAACAACAAAAGAACAGCUAAAUCUUCGUUUAAGUGACAUCAUCACUUCUUUACCCGACGAUCUUAAAAACAUAUUACAAGUUUCAUGAUACCUGCUAAAAAGGGCUAGUAAUUUGAACACAACAUUAAUAUAGCAAUGUUUCACGAUCACCUAAUUUUUUCAAAGUUGAUAGUCGAACAGGGUAAAACGAAGUAUUUACGGUGUGUCUCACUUCACCUGUUUGAGUCAAUGCCCUAGCCCUUCCGUAUUGUUACUAAAUCGUUAUUUUUGUACAGAUUUUUACAUGUACAUUGACAUUCAAUAAGCCACUACUAAAAAAAUUAAAUCAACGUUUUUUUUCUAAUUUAACGUCACACAUUAAUUUAAACAUUGACUGGGUUUAUAUGCUCUAAUUUUUUAACAAUUUUCAAUUGACAUACAAAACUAUUAAUUCCGUAAUGAUUUCUAAUACAAAGCGUGUUUUAAUUUUAUGGAAGUUACAUUUUUACGGAAAAAAGUAAAGUUGCUUUUCCAAACUGAUUUUUUUUUUCAUUCCAAUUAUUUCUAAAGUAUAUCACUUUUUUUUAUAUAUAACUGCUACAUUGCUCCAUAAAAACAAAACACGUAUAAAAACAUAUGUAAAAUAAGUACUCAGAACUUCAUUUUCUAAGUUCGAAACUGCCAUACUACUAGACUACGUGCAGGUUUUAUAACUAUCUAGUUGAACGCCAGUACAAAGGUUUUUUUUUCCAAAUUUCUUGCUCACACUAUCAUGUUAUUGGUCAUUAUUCAUAUAGAAAUAUUACUGUGCAAAACUUUAUAUUAUAGUUACGUAGACAUCCAUUAUUUAAUAGAUUGUCCAUUGAACAAAUUUUUAUAAAUCAUAGUUACAAGUUAAUGUUCAUUUGUAUAUAAAAGUUUAUUAAACAAUUUAUUUU